AUGACGGACAUCGAAACGGGGUUCAAGGGCUCCUCCAUCAAAGCCCACGAUGUCGAAGACACGCAGUCUUCCAAGGUAUCGAUCGAGGUCGGACAGGAACACCUCGCUGGCGUCGUGCCCCCCCAUGAGUCGUAUGAAGGCUUUCACCGAUUCGACCCCACCGCUACCUGGACCGAACAAGAGGAGAGACGAGUGAUCUGGAAGACCGAUCUGUAUCUACUCACGGCUCUCUGUAUCAUGUUCUUUGGUCUCCAACUGGACCGUGGCAACUUAUCAAAUGCGCUGACGGACAACCUACUGGUCGACCUGAACAUGUCGAGCAAUGACUACAACAAUGGAACCACUAUCCAAUUAGUCUGCUUCUUGUCCGCAGAGUUCCCCGUCCAGCUGCUCAUCAAGAGAUACGGUUUCAAGCGGGUCCUCCCCGUGAUGAUGAUUUGCUGGAGUACUGUAUCCUGGGCGCAAGCAUGGAUGACCAACCGAGCUGCCUUCUACGUGACCCGCGCACUCAUCGGGGCUUUUGAAGGUGGAUUCAUCCCCGGCACCAUCUUGUUCGCGACCUACUUCUACAAGACGAAGGAGCUCUCCGUGCGCCUGGGAUUCUUCUGGUCCACGCUCAACGUUGCCCGUAUCAUUUCGUCGCUGCUGGCGGCGGGCAUUCUCGAGAUGCGUGGCGUGCAGGGCAAACCGGGGUGGUUCUGGCUUUUCCUGAUCGACGGCCUCAUCACCUUUGCCAUUGGAUUUCUCAGCCUCUUCUACCUCCCCAGCUCGCCCACCAACACGACCAGUCUCCUCUGCCCGAGAAACUGGUAUACCGAACGCGAAGAAGUAAUCAUGAUCAACCGCCUCCUCCGCGACGACCCCUCCAAAGGCCUAACGCACAUCAACGAAUCCGCGACCCUGCACGACAUCAUCUCCGCCUGGAAAGACCCCUCCAUGUGGGGUUUAUAUCUGAUCGGCCUAGUCGCCUACAUCCCCCAAAGCCCGGUAUCCAGCUACCUCUCCCUGACCCUGAAGCGACUGGGCUUCACCACCUUCGAGUCCAACAUGCUCUCGAUCCCCUCCGCGGCGCUGCAGAUCAUCCUGAUGCUGGCCCUGUGCAAGAGCAGCGAGUACUUCGGCGACCGGACCUGGCACAGCCUGUUCGGGGAAUUCUGGUCCCUGCCGCUGCUGAUCGCCCUGCUGUGCCUGCCGGCGGGCGGCUACAACUGGGCCCGCUUCACCAUCACCACGCUGAUCUCCGGGUACCCCUACUUCCACCCGAUCGUCUCCGCCUGGAUCUCCGAGAAUACCUUCGACGUGAAGAAGCGCGCCAUCACCGCCGCCACGUAUAAUGUCAUCGUGCAGGUUGGGUCGAUUAUUUCGUCGCAAAUCUACCGCUCCAACGACUCCCCCUACUACUACACCGGCGACAAGGUCCUGGUCGCCCUCUGCGUCUUCUCCAUGGCCGUCUUCGUCGCCCAGCGCGAGUACCUCCGCCACCUCAACCGGCAGAAGGAGCGCAAGUGGGCCCUCAUGUCGGCCGAGGAGCGCGUGCUCUACCAGGCGGACACGGCGGCGCGCGAGCGCGACGGGAACAAGCGGCUUGAUUUCCGGUUCAAAUACUAA